AUGGACACGGAGAACUUCGUGUAUAACAUAUCUGUGGAGAAGUCGUUAUUACGAUUCUCCAGAAUGUCUACCAUGUCAAGAUCAGUCCACAUAAGCCAGCAAAAGCUGGCUGAAAAGCUUAUAAUACUCAACGAUCGUGGAAUUGGCAUGCUCACCAGAAUAUAUAAUAUCAAAAAAGCAUGUGGUGAUACUAAAUCUAAACCAGCAUUUCUGUCAGACAAAACAUUGGAAUCCUCCAUAAAACACAUUGUGAGGAGAUUUCCCAAUAUUGAUGUCAAAGGGCUCCAACCCAUAACAAACAUAAGGAAUGAAAUUAUCAAGUCAUUAUCUCUCUAUUAUUAUACAUUUGUGGAUUUACUUGACUUUAAAGAUAAUGUAUGUGAACUCUUGAAUAUCAUGGACGCUUGUCAAGUCACUUUAGAUUUGACGUUGAAUUUUGAGCUGACAAAAAAUUAUCUAGAUUUAGUUACUACCUAUGUGUCUCUUAUGAUAUUGUUGUCCAGAGUAGAAGAUCGCAAAGCGGUUCUGGGUUUGUUCAAUGCAGCCCAUGAGAUGGUACACAACCAGAUUGAUCCAAGCUUUCCUAGAUUAGGUCAACUGAUUGUAGAUUAUGAUGUUCCAUUGAAGAAGUUAUCCGAAGAAUUUUUGAUUCACCAAAAAGUGCUCUCUAGUGCAUUAAAUUCUUUGUGGCAUGUUUAUCCCGCCCGAAAUCUUACAGCUGAACAUUGGAGGUCAGAACAAAAGUUGAGUUUAGUAAGUAACCCAGCCUUACUUUUAAAACCAUCAGAAACAAAUACAAUGUCCUGUGAAUAUGUUUCUCUUGAAUCAUUAGAGAGAUGGGUUAUUUUUGGUUUUGCAAUGUGCCACCAAAUGCUUCAACAAGACCAUGCAAAUAAAAUGUGGGUCAGUGCUCUGGAGUCAGGAUGGGUGGUUGCAUUGUUCAGAGAUGAAGUUAUAUACAUUCAUUCUUAUAUUCAAAGCUUCUUUGAUGGCAUUAAAGGAUAUGGAAAACGAAUAUCAGAAGUUAAAGACUGCUAUCAUCAUUCUGUUCAGAAAGCUGGUUAUAAGCACAGAGAAAGAAGGAAAUUUUUAAGAACAGCUUUAAAAGAACUUGGUCUAAUUUUGACUGACCAACCUGGAUUGCUAGGUCCAAAGGCAUUGCUGAUAUUUAUAGGCCUUUGCUAUGCUAGAGAUGAAGUAUUUUGGCUAUUACGACAUAAUGAUAAUCCUCCACAAAAGGUAAAAGGAAAAUCUACAGAAGACCUUGUGGAUCGUCAACUGCCUGAAUUGUUGUUCCACAUGGAAGAGCUCAGAGCUUUAGUUCGCAAGUACAGUCAGGUUAUGCAGAGAUAUUAUGUUCAGUAUUUAUCUGGCUUUGAUGCUGUUGCAUUAAAUUUAAUGAUACAAAAUUUACAAGUUUGCCCAGAAGAUGAAAGUAUAAUUUUAUCUUCACUGUGCAAUACUGCUGCCAACUUAAGUGUUAAGCAAGUAGAGAGCAAUGAAUUAUUUGAUUUCCGUGCAUUCCGCUUGGAUUGGUUCAGACUACAAGCAUACACUUCUGUAGCUAAAGCACCAUUCAGUCUUGUAGAUCAAAGAGAAUUAUCUCAAUUUAUUGACAAAAUGGUCUUCCACACCAAAAUGGUCGAUAACUUAGAUGAAAUAAUGGUGGAGACAUCUGAUCUAUCUCUAUUUUGCUUUUACAGUAAAAUUUUUGAGAGUCAAUUUCACAUGUGUCUUGAAUUUCCUGCACAAAACCGUUACAUUAUUGCAUUUCCACUUAUUUGUAGUCAUUUCCAAAAUUGCACCCAUGAAUUAUGCCCUGAAGAAAGACACCAUAUUAGAGAAAGAAGUUUGUCUGUUGUAAACAUUUAUCUGGAUGAAAUGGCUAAAGAGGCCAAAAAUAUAAUCACUACAAUCUGUGAUGAACAGUGUACAAUGAGUGAUAAACUUUUACCAAAGCAUUGUGCCCAAACAAUUGCUCAUCUUGCCAAUCGCAAAAAGAAAGAUAAAAACAAAAAGAACCACAUUGAGAUUGUAAAACCAGGUGCAGAGAGUUACAGAAAGACAAGAGAGGAAUUAACCACAAUGGAUAAGUUGCAUAUGGCACUAACUGAACUUUGCUUUGCUAUCAAUUACUGUUCAACUGUAAAUGUUUGGGAAUAUACUUUUGCCCCUCGCGAGUAUUUGCAUCAACAUCUGGAAACAAGAUUCUCUAAAGCAUUAGUGGGGAUGGUAAUGUUCAAUCAAGACACAAGCGAAAUUGCUAAACCAUCAGAAUUGCUCGUCAGUGUGAGAGCAUACAUGAAUGUCCUUCAAACCGUUGAAAAUUAUGUUCACAUUGACAUAACGCGCGUUUUUAAUAACUGUCUUCUGCAGCAGACUCAAAACAUGGACAGUCACGGUGAAAAAUCAAUUGCAUCACUUUACACACAAUGGUAUUCAGAAAUAUUACUACGGCGUGUAAGUGCGGGUAGCAUCUGCUUCUCAAUGAACCAAAAGGCUUUUGUGAGUCUCUCAGCUGAAGGCGCUAUCCCAUUUAAUGCUGAAGAAUAUUCUGACAUUAAUGAGUUAAGAGCUUUGGCAGAAUUGAUAGGCCCUUACGGCAUGAAACUAUUAAGCGAAACUCUCAUGUGGCACAUCGCGAGUCAGGUUCAGGAAUUGAAAAAACUUGUUGUACAAAACAAAGAAGUUCUCCAGAUGCUUAGAACCAACUUUGACAAACCAGAAAUAAUGCGCGAACAAUUUAAAAGACUGCAGCAAGUUGACAAUGUUUUACAGAGAAUGACAAUCAUAGGCGUCAUUUUGAGCUUCCGACAAGUAGCACAAGAGUCCUUACUAGACGUUCUAGAGAGGCGAAUUCCAUUCCUAAUUAGUUCUAUUAAAGACUUCCAACAGCAAUUGCCGAGUGGGGAUCCUAUGCGUGUCAUUUCAGAAAUGUGCUCUGCGGCUGGCCUACCGUGCAAAGUAGAUCCAACGUUAGCCUCCACACUGAGGCAGCACAAGGCUGAGGUAGAAGAGGAGGAACAUCUGAUAGUUUGUUUAUUGAUGGUGUUCGUCGCCGUAUCUUUACCGAGACUCGCCAGAAACGAGGGGUCGUUUUAUCGUCCAUCUCUAGAAGGACACGCGAACAAUAUUCAUUGUAUGGCCCCUGCCAUUAAUCACAUUUUUGGUGCUCUGUUCACUAUAUGUGGCCAAGGUGACAUCGAAGACAGAAUGAAAGAGUUCUUGGCUCUUGCAUCAUCUUCCUUGUUGCGGCUCGGCCAAGAAACAGAUAAAGAAGCGAUCAGAAAUCGCGAGUCCGUCUAUUUACUUCUCGAUCUAAUCGUCCAGGAAUCGCCGUUCCUCACAAUGGAUCUACUAGAGUCGUGCUUCCCUUAUGUUUUGAUACGUAAUGCUUACCACGAAGUUUACAAACAGGAACAAAUGCUAUUGCAUUCUUAG